GCCAGCAGUGGAGCAGCAAACAACCGAGAGAGCGAGAGAAAGAAAGAGGGGAUGGAUGGAGGGAGAGAGAGGGAGGUGAAGUGAGAACAUGUGAGGACUCAGAGACGACAGGGAUUCUUCUCCUCCUUUUAUUUUCUGUCCGCUCCUUUGUCGCUGGAUUCUAUUGAUUCCGGUAUGAACCCUGCAGAAGCGGCCGAGGAGGCGCCAGGCGACCCCGACACUGAUGCCUUCUACAAACCAGGAUCAUUGAGGACUGAAGGCAUCAGGGCGUCCGACGUCCUGCCUGUGUUAAAGGAGAAAGUUGCCUUCGUGUCAGGUGGGCGAGAUAAGAGAGGAGGACCAAUUUUGACGUUUCCUGCCCGAAGUAACCACGACCGAAUAAAACAAGAAGACCUGAGGCGGCUGGUCACGUACCUGUCCACUGUUCCCAGUGAGGACGUAUGUAAACGUGGUUUCACGGUGAUCAUCGACAUGCGCGGGUCGAAGUGGGAGCUGAUCAAACCCCUGCUGAAGACGCUGCAGGAGUUCUUCCCGGCCGAGAUCUGCGUGGCGCUCAUCAUCAAACCGGACAACUUCUGGCAGAAGCAGAAAACAAACUUUGGCAGCGCGAAGUUCUCCUUCGAGACCAGCAUGGUGUCCGUCGAAGGUCUGGCCAAACUGGUGGAUCCCUCCCAGCUGACGGACGACUUCGAGGGGUCCUUGGACUACAACCACGACGAGUGGAUGGAGCUGAGGGUCUCUCUGGAGGAGUUCAUGUCCAGUGCUGUUCACCUGCUGUCUCGACUGGAGGACCUGCAGGAGCUUCUGUCCAAGAAGGAGUUUCCUGCAGAUGUGGAGGGAUCCCGUCGGAUGAUAGACGAACACACGCAACUGAAGAAAAAGGUGCUGAAGGCUCCAGUUGAGGAGUUGGACCGGGAAGGCCAGAGGUUGCUGCAGUGUAUCCGAUCGAGUGAUGGUUUUUCUGGGAGGAACUGCAUAUCUGGCUCUGCUGACUUCCAGAGCCUGGUGCCCAAGGUGGCCAGUCUGCUGGAUAAGCUGCACUCAACGCGGCAGCACCUCCAUCAAAUGUGGCACGUCAGGAAGCUGAAGCUGGACCAGUGCUUCCAGCUCCGCCUCUUCGAACAGGACGCAGAGAAGAUGUUUGACUGGAUCAGCCACAACAAGGAAUUGUUCCUGCAGAGCCACACAGAGAUCGGCCGCACUUACCAACACGCCGUGGAGCUGCAGACUCAACACAACCACUUUGCCAUGAACUCGAUGAAUGCUUACGUAAACAUCAACAGAAUCAUGUCAGUGGCGAGCCGCCUGGCUGAGGCCGGUCACUACGCCUCCACCCAGAUAAAUCAGAUCUCAUGUCAGCUGGAUCAGGACUGGAAAAGUUUUGCUGCUGCGCUGGACGAGCGCUCCACCAUCCUCGCCAUGUCGUCUGUCUUUCACCAGAAGGCUGAACAGUUCCUGUCGGAGGUGGACGCCUGGUGUAAAGUCUGCAGCGAGGGAGGGUUACCUUCUGAGAUGCAGGAGCUGGAGCUCGCCAUCCACCGCCACCAGAGCCUGUACGAGCAGGUCACCCAGGCUUACACCGAGGUGAGUCAGGAUGGCAAAGCUCUAUUGGACGUCCUCCAGAGGCCUCUGAGUCCCGGAAACUCUGAUUCGCUGACAGCCACUGCCAAUUACUCCAAAGCGGUUCACUGCAUCCUGGACGUGGUUCACGAGGUUCUCCAUCAUCAGCGGCGUCUGGAAAACAUUUGGCAGCACCGAAAGGUCCGACUGCACCAGAGACUGCAGCUGUGUGUGUUCCAGCAGGACGUCCAGCAGGUGAUGGACUGGAUAGAAAACCACGGCGAGGCUUUCCUCAGCAAACACACCGGCGUCGGGAAAUCCCUUCACCGAGCCCGAGCGCUGCAGAAAAGACACGACGACUUUGAAGACGUAGCUCAGAACACGUACACUAAUGCAGACAAGCUGCUGGAGGCGGCUGAGCAGUUGGCUCAGACUGGAGAGUGCGACCCAGAGGAAAUCUACAAGGCAGCCAGACACUUGGAGGUCCGGAUCCAGGACUUCGUCCGACGAGUAGAACACAGGAAGCUGCUGCUCGACAUGUCCGUCUCCUUCCACACACACACCAAGGAGGUGGGACAAUCAAACGCAGACAGUCGCAAACUGUGGUCAUGGAUGGAGGAGCUCCAGAAGCAGCUCUUGGACGAAGUGUGCUGCGACUCCGUGGACUCGGUUCAGACUCUGAUCCAGCAGUUUCAGCAGCAGCAGACGGCCACGCUGGAGGCAACGCUCAACGUGAUUAAAGAGGGAGAGGAAUUAAUACAGCAGCUCAGAGAUGCCGCCAUGUCGACCAACAAGACGCCGCACUGCAGUUCCAUUGCACACAUCCAGGGGGUGCUGCAGCAGCUGGACGAGGCCCAAGGCCAGAUGGAGGAGCUGUUCCACGAACGCAAAAUCAAACUUGACAUCUUUCUCCAGCUACGCAUCUUUGAGCAGUACACUAUCGAGGUCACAGCAGAGCUGGACGCUUGGAACGAGGAUCUAUCUCGUCAGUUGAACGACGCCAGCCGCUCGGGCGGUGGCAGCAGCAGCGGCGGCAGCAGCGGCUCCUCCUCUGGCAGCGCGGAGGACAUCGGCCUAGCGGAGCAGCGGCUGAAACGACACGCGGAGCGGAAGGCGGCCAUGAACAACAUGACCUAUGAAGUGAUGCAGCAGGGUCAAGACCUGCACCAGUACAUCAUGGAGGUUCAGGCCUCAGGGAUCGAACUGACGGGGGAGAAGGACAUGGACUUGGCCUCUCAGGUUCAGGAGCUGCUGGAGUUCCUCCACGAGAAGCAGCAGGAGGUGGAGCUGAACGCGCAGCACACGCACACGCGGCUGGAGCAGAUUCUGCAGCUGCGCCACCUACAGGCCGAGGUUAAGCAGGUGUUGGGUUGGAUUCGUAACGGUGAGUCCAUGUUGAACGCCAGCAUGGUGAAUGCCAGCUCGCUGUCUGAGGCUGAGCAGCUGCAGAGGGAGCAUGAACAGUUCCAGAUGGCAAUAGAGUCUCUGUUUCACGCUAACUCUCUUCAGAAGACUCAUCAGAGCGCUCUGCAGGUCCAACAAAAAGCUGAGAUGAUGCUCCAGGCGUGUCACUACGAUCCAGAGGCGAUUCGAAACUGUGCAGAGAAAGUGGCCGUUCACUGGCAGCAGCUGAUGCUGAAGAUGGAGGACCGCCUGAAGCUUGUGAACGCCUCAGUGGCCUUUUACAAGACGUCUGAGCAGGUGUGCAGUGUUUUAGAGAGCCUGGAGCAGGAGUACCGCCGCGACGAAGACUGGUGUGGCAGUCACGAUAAACUGGGAACUUCAGCUGACACCGACCACCUUCUACCUCUGAUCAGUAAACACCUGGAGCAGAAAGAAGCUUUUCUGAAGGCGUGUACUCUGGCUCGUAGGAACGCUGAGGUGUUUCUGAAGUACAUUCACAGGAACAAUGUGAGCAUGCCCGGGGCGGCCGGUCACACCAGAGGCCCUGAGCAGCAGGUCAAAGCGAUUCUGAACGAGCUGCUGCAGCGAGAGAACAGAGUCCUUCACUUCUGGACGUUAAAGAAACGACGGCUGGACCAAUGUCAGCAGUACCUGGUGUUUGAACGCAGCACCAAACAGGCUCUUGACUGGAUCCAGGAGACAGGGGAUGUUUAUCUGGCCACGCACACGUCACCCGGCGAAAGCAACGAGGAAACGCAGGAGCUCCUCAACGACUACCGUCAUUUCAGACUCACUGCCAAGCAAACCAAGGAGAAGGUGAAGCUGCUGAUCCAGUUGGCGGACAACCUGGUGGAGAAAGGCCACGCCCACGUUUCAGAGCUGAAGCGAUGGGUGAGCACGGUGGACCGCAGGUACCGCGACUUCUCCGUCCGCAUGGCCAAAUACCAGGAGAGCCUCGAGAGGAGCCUGGGGGUCAGCUCUGAGGACAAUAAAGACUUAGAGUUGGACAUUAUCCCCGCCAGCCUGACAGACGACCCCGAGGUCAAACUACGUGACCCCAACCACGAGGUCAACGAGGAGAAGAGGAAGUCUGCCAGGAAGAAAGAGUUCAUCAUGGCCGAGCUGCUGCAGACAGAGAAGUCCUACGUCAAAGAUCUCAACGAAUGUCUCGAGACCUACCUGUGGGAGAUGACCAGCGGUGUGGAGGAGAUUCCUGCAGGCAUCGCCAACAAGGAGCUCAUCAUCUUCGGCAACAUGCAGGAGAUCUACGACUUCCACAACAAUAUUUUCCUGAAGGAGCUAGUGAACUAUGAGCAGCUACCAGAGGACGUUGGUCACUGCUUCGUCACCUGGGCUGAUAAAUUCCACAUUUAUGUGGAUUACUGUAAGAACAAACCAGACUCCAGUCAGCUCAUACUGGAGCACGCCGGCACCUUCUUCGAUGACAUUCAGCAGAGACGUGGACUGGCCAACUCCAUCUCCUCCUACCUCAUCAAACCAGUCCAGAGGAUCACCAAGUACCAACUACUGCUGAAGGAGUUGUUGUCUUGCUGUGAAGAAGGUAAAGGGGAGAUCAAAGAUGGGCUGGAGGUGAUGCUCAGUGUUCCUAAGAGAGCGAAUGAUGCCAUGCACCUUGCCAUGUUGGAGGGCUUUGAGGAGAACCUGGAGGUGCAGGGCGAGCUCCUCCUCCAGGACUCCUUCCUGGUCUGGGAGCCAAAGUCUUUGAUCAGGAAGGGGCGGGACCGGCACCUCUUCCUGUUUGAGUUCUCGCUCGUCUUCAGCAAAGACAUUAAAGACUCAGCUGGCAGAACCAAGUACCAGUACAAGAACAGACUACUGACGUCUGAGUUGGGGGUAACCGAGCACAUUGAGGGUGACCCGUGUAAAUUUGCCCUGUGGGCAGGAAGAACCCCUUCCUCUGACAAUAAAACUGUGCUAAAAGCGUCCAGUAUGGAAGCUAAACAGGAGUGGAUUAAAAACAUCAGGGAGGUGAUCCAGGAGAGGAUGACUCACCUGAAGGGGGCGCUCAAGGAGCCACUUCAUCUGCCCAAAACACCAGCACUGAACAAACCCAGGAACAACACGAAGAGGGAGGGCUGUGAAGAUGGAGACAGUCAGGGAGAUGGCAGCAGCCAACCAGACACCAUCUCCAUCGCUUCCCGGACGUCCCAGAACACUGUAGACAGCGACAAGCUCUCUGGUGGGUGCGAGCUGACGGUCGUCCUUCAUGACUUCACAGCAGGAUGCAGCACGGAGAUGUCUGUCAGCACAGGUCAAACGGUCGAGCUGUUGGAGCGGCCGAGUGAGCGGCCCGGCUGGUGUCUGGUCCGAACCACCGACCGCAGCCCCCCGCAGGAGGGACUGGUUCCCAGCUCCGCGCUCUGCGUGUCCCACUCGCGCUCCAGCGUGGAGAUGGACUGUUUCUUCAACUCGGGAAAAGGUAGGAAGAACAAACGUGAUGUCGGCAUCGAGCUUCAACACUGACCUGCUGCUUGAG